AUGGCAGAAGGAUUUCCGAUGGAGAGAACAACUUCCCCUGAUCAGUCAGGCAAACCAACGGAGGGGCCUUGGCAAUGUCCUCCUUUCACCUCAACUAAUGAUGCAACGUAUGCGCCAACAGACAACAGCAGCAGUCAUCAUAGCCAGAACGGGUCGGCGCCAUCGACUCCAGGACCCGAGGAUCUGCUUGACCAAAUCUCAGACACAACAGAGGUCAAGGUCCUUCGGCCAUAUGCCAUCGAGGAGCCGGAUGAUGAGCCGGUACCUGCUGUGCAGAGGCGUGGGCUGCCAUGCCUACCAGAUUGCUUUGAGCGGUGGCAGCGUGAUAUGGUUGUCGGCAUGGAUGACAUGGCCGACAAGGUCGUAACAAGUCCUGGCGUCAAGCUUUCGCCAACUCCGAAAAGAGGCCAAAAGCGAAAGCCACCCGGCUCAGCUGGCGCUGGCCAUUCUCAUAUGGGGUCCAACCGAUCCAAGUCCGGGACCAGGUUGGACGAUAACGCAGCGCCUGUCCCUGGCAUCAGUCCGAAAAGACGCCGGCGGCGCAGCAAGCCAUCAGGAAAUGCACUCAAAAUUUCCCAUCCUGUUUCUCUUAAUGAUUUUCGUGAGACCCGAGCCAACGAGAGCUCGAGUUCCGACCUACAGUCGAGCGGUAGUAGCGUCGACACGGCGAACGAGUCUGCUUUGGCCGAUGAGAUGGACAUCGACUGA